GAGUCAUCUGUUCUUUUUCUCUAUUAUUUCAUUUAUAUAUUUCACAAAUAUUUUCAUCCUAUUCUUGGGUGAAACACUAUGUUAAGCUAUGGGAUACAAGGAUAAAUAAGAAUCAGGUAUGGAGUGUGAGAUGUGUGGGAAUUAGGUAAUUUUAAAAAAGCUUUAAAAAAUAAUAUAGGCUGUGCUUGUACACAAAAUGUGCCUGUAUUAUGGAAAGGGAAAAUACGGCUCUGCAAUAGAAAAUAGAAGAAGCUCACUUUAGUCGGGAUAAGUUUGGGAAAGCCUUCCUUCCUAAGGGGAUAGAAUUUAAGCUCAUGCUUGGAGAAUGAGGAAAAUCCCUGAGGGAAUAAAUUUGGGGCCGAGAAAAUGGCGAGUGCAAAGAUCUUGAGGUCAAAAAGUGUCUGACCUGUGCAGGGAACACAGAGAGCAGUGUGAAUGGAGCACAGUGAGAGAAGAGAGUGUCCCUUCGAUGAGGCCAGACACGUGUGAACAGUUGCAGAGGUUAUGGGGUUGCAAAUCUGGAUUUUAUUGAAAUUCAAUUGAAAGUCACUGAACCAUAUUUUAAGGAAAGAAGUGGUCUAAUCUGAUCUGGUAUAGCUUUUAAAAUAUUACUCAGGCUUCUUUGUAAAGGAUAGACUGCAGAGGGGCAGGAGUAGACACAGGGAAGCCAAUUAGGAUGCUAAGCUGUAGGCCAGUGAGAGAAAACAGUGAUUUAGUUGGGAGUUUCUUACUUUACAAUGCAUCAUUGCUUUUUGAAUAUGUGUCUCAAUUUCUUUCAGGACUAGUCGACCUUCCAAAAGAGAAUUUUGAAGCAGCCUAUAAUACAAUCACAUUGCCAGAAGAAUUCCAUGAUUUUGACACCCAGACUGUGAAUGCUAUUGAUAUUUCAGAGUAUUUUACUCAAAACCAAAGUAAACCUGAAGAAAUCACACUUAGAGAAGACUAUAGCAAUGACUUACUUUUCCAAGCUGGAAGCUUUGGGGAGGAAGCUGAAGUCCUCAGAAGACAUAGCUUCGCUGAUGACAAUAUAUUACUGAAUUCCAGUGGCAUUUUAGUUGGAAAUAGUUCUGGAAGCCUCAAUGGAGAAAGGUCUCUGCUCUAUGACAGUGGAGAUGGAUUUGGAGAUGAAGGGGCUGCAGGAGAAAUGAUUGAUAACAUACUGCAAGAUGAUCAUAAUAUGCUGUUAGAAGACGAUCAUUUAAGCAAAGAAAUUUCCCUUCCUCCUGAGCCUCUCAAUACUACAGUGGAAGAACUAGGUAAUGCAGAAGGUGUAUGUCAUCCUGAAAAUGAAAUAGUGGAUAAAACCACAUUAUUAUCAACUGAAGAAGAAGGAUUUACCCUUGAACCAAUUAUUGUUACAGACAUUGCUGAGAAAAGGAAAAGCAAAAAGAGGAAAUUGCUCAUAGACCCGGUCAAGGAGAUCAGUAGCAAAACCAUGCACAAACAGCUGACUUGCUUUGCGGACACACUCAUGGUUUUGGAACUUGCACCUCCGACCCAAAGACUGAUGAUGUGGAAAAAGAGGGGAGGAGUGGAUACACUUUUAUCAACUGCUGCUCAGGAUUUGAUUCAUGCUGAACUAAAAAGGUUGUUUACAAAAUGCUUUCUGUCCUCUGACUUUAAAAUUGGAAGAAAAUUGAUACAUAAGGAGUCAGGAAGGAAAGAAUUGGAAAGCCAAAGCAUAACAGAGACCUCCAAGAUGAAUGAGCCAAAUGCCCAGCAAGAGUUGUGCCAAUCCCAGACUUUGAAGAAUGUGGUUGAUGAAUCCAACUGUAACUCUCAAGUGGAUGCUGAUCAAAAUACUAACUCUGAGCAGGAUAUUUUUGAAAUGGUUUCUUCUGCUGCUGAGGAAUUCUCCCCCACACAUGUCUCCUUGGCACAAGAAGUUGAAAACUGUCCAGUCAAAUUGGCGUCAUUGGAGAAUGAACAAAAUAUUGAGGCAGAGAGGUGGAAUCGGAGAAUUCUUCGACUGUUAAAUAGUUUACGGGAAUCCAACAAGAUGGGAAUUCAGGCCUUUAGUCUAAUGAAGCUCUGCAGAAAUAGUGACCGGAAACAAGCAGCUGCCAAAUUUUAUAGUUUUCUUGUCCUAAAAAAACAGCAGGCGAUUGAGCUGAGCCAAAAUACUCCCUAUGCAGACAUUAUAGCUACAGUGGGACCAAUGUUCUAUAAGAUGUGAGAUGUGAAGGAAAUCCAGUUGUCCAGGGUGAUGUCAUCACUGGAAUUUCGUGUUGAUUUUCCAAUUUAGUGCAGAAGUCACCUGGAAGCAGCUGAAGGUCUGAGUCACUGCAUAGAUAAGCAGGCCUCCUAUUUCCUCUCAGCAAGUGUUCAGUAAUCAUCACCAGCAUUGGAAACCUUUAUGCUUACAGAAACACUUCAUUAUAGCUAAGAACACUUUUUAAUUUAGCUAACUUGAAUGGCUAGCCUAUAGCUUUUCUCCAUUUUUAGUGUAGCAUUUAGCUAAAUAGGAUACAUUUUAAAAACUUGAUAUGCCUUUGAGAAACAUUCUAGGAUGUUUUUAAAAGGCUAAUUUGCAUCAGGUUAUUUAUCUUUUAUGGUGUUAAUAAUUAAAGCGAUGUUAUUUUCUUACAAAAAUAAUAUAUAUUAAUGUAUAUCAUCCCCCAACUUGACCAAAUAAAUGAGUUAUAUUCAC